AUGUUGAGAUCGAUCUUGAAAAGCCCUUUGGUGAGAUCCUCACCUAUGGCCAGAGGUGGUGUUGCUGCCGCCUUUCGCGCCCCAAUAACUGCCACCACAAAGGCACUUACCGCUCCCCCAGCAAGAUGGCAAUCAACAGCCGCUCCUGUUACUCAAAAUAUAUUCAGAGAAGACCACCAACAGAAGCAGGUCAAGAAGCCAAUGACCGUUAAUACCGAAUUACCAGACCCUUUGGCUGAAAAGCGCAAAGUGAGAUUACAGUUUUGCUGUUUUGUCAUCUGUGUGACCGUUGGGUUUUUCAUGAUUGUUAACUACGAGAAAUUUUCUUCUCCAAUUAUUGGAUCAACCAUGCAUUUCCUUAGAAGAUCCGAUAAAGUUAAAGAAGUUCUUGGAAAAAAUAUUGAUUUCACAUCAGCGUUCCCUUGGAUCAGUGGUGAAUUCAACCAAGUGAAGGGGAAAAUCGACAUUAGUUUUAAAAUUAAGGGCGAUAAUGGGAAAAUCGGAGUGGUCAAGCUCGUUGCCAAUAGACCAAACAAGAGUGUUCCUUUGACUAUUGAUGAAUGGUCGGUCACUGUUGAUGAUGUCAAAUACGACCUUAUCGACGACGACUCUGCUGAACUUGUCAAUUGA